AACUGUAGACUAAAAAGGAAAAAGAAGAAGAAGCAAAUAGAGAAUUUAGGGCAAAAGAGCUCACCAUUUUUCCCUAGAAGAAAAUUGAAUAUCGAUUCUAAUCUGAGUCCGAUUAUCUCAAAUCCUAAUCGCAUCAUUAAGUUGUGAAUUAUAGUGGCUUGGGUUGACUUGUACUUAUUGAAGUUUCCAGGAAUGGUAUUAGCAACUCUCCAUAUUAUUUCUUAGCCUAUUCAACUUAUAUACGCCAAUAAUAAAUAAAGUUUACGCUUGCACUUUAAUUAUUGGAAGUUCGGUAUUUGGUAUCUACUUUCAUUUACCAAUUCCAGAACUACCAAAACCUAACUUUGGAAAUACCAAACGCCCACCCCUAACCCUGAUUCCCUCCUUAAUAUCUCCAUCCACGAGCUGAUUAAUCCCACAAACUCUCAAUGGCUUCGAAACUCUCUUCUCGUUUAGCUUCUCGUCUAGCUUCCCAUUUCCUUCGUUCUACCGUCAACGGUCUGGCUGCCACUACAACUGCCCCUCUCCCCAAAUCUCACCCUUUGAUUUCAGUUUUCCACCACCAGUUGCAGCCCUCAGUAUUUCCCCAUUUCAAUACCAACCAAACUGUUUUCACACUCAGAUCCUUCUCCACACUCUCCCAGCCGGCCCGAUCCCACCGUUCAGCCCGGCCUGAUAUCGGAGCCAGAGCUCGGCAACUCCAAACCCGCCGUCUGUGGACCUAUGCCAUUACAUUCAGUUGCAUAGCAGGAUUCAUAGUAAUAGUCCUUAACCAAUUCCAAGACCAACUUGUCUUCUAUUUAACCCCUACAGAUGCUCUAGCAAAGCAUGCUGAAAACCCUACAAGAUCCAAAUUUCGACUUGGUGGAUUAGUACUAGAAAAUAGUGUAACACCAAUACCCAAUUCCCCAGAAAUGGAAUUUGUGAUAACUGAUUUGAUUACUGAUAUUUUGGUCAAGUAUGACGGGUCGUUACCGGAUCUUUUUCGGGAAGGGCAUUCCGUUGUAGCAGAAGGGUUUAUAAAGCCAUUUACUGAGGAGAUGAAGAAGAAAGAGAAUGAAAUAUUGAGUGAGAAAAAGUUACAGGUAACUGAGAAGGCAAGAAGUGGGGAUUGUUAUUUUGCAGCUAUUGAAGUGUUGGCUAAACACGACGAGAAGUAUAUGCCUCCUGAAGUUGCAGCUGCACUUGAGAAGAAUAAACAGUUGCUUAGUCAGAUGGAAGGGAAUGAGGAAGAGGGUGAUGAUGCAGCACCUCCAGCAACAGCAAGGGCAUAAGGCUCAGCCAUUUUAUAGAGUAUGGUAAAAAUUCUAAUUGAUUUUUUCCCCGAAAUGAUGGAGUUUUGUUGAAUUUCAGUUACGAUUAUACUAUUAAACGAAUUUAGAAAAUGAAGGGAUAUAUAGUUGGUUUACUGAGGUUAUACAAUGAAUUUUGUUGUCGUAGAUUUUAUGUCUUGUACUAACCCCAAGGAAUGGGGUUUCAGUUGAGAAAUUUUGGGAUAUUUAGUGAAUAAAUGACAGUAAUUAUUUUUACGACAUUGGAUGCUUGUAAUUAUUUGUGUACACUCAAUAUAGAGGUCAUUGAUGAAGGAAAAAAAGAAUAAAUCACUUCCGGGU